AAACUCUCCAACCAAAAAUUAUAGAAGCCAUGAAGAACCAAGUACUUCUCUUGCAUCUUUCACUUUCAGUAUUUCUCCUAAUAGUUCCCAUUGUAGCUCAACAAUUUGCAUGUGACACCAAAGCUUCCACAACUAGCCAAUUUCCUUUUUGCAACACUUCCCUGCCUUAUGAGGACCGGGCCAAGGACUUGGUCUCGCGCCUCACUCUCCAAGAAAAGGUCCAACAACUAGUGGAUGCCUCCACAGGCAUUUCUCGGCUAGGCGUGCCUAAAUAUGAGUGGUGGUCCGAGGCACUCCAUGGUGUUUCGAAUGUUGGCCCAGGCACUCGCUUUAAUGCCACGGUGCCUGGUGCCACUAGUUUCCCAGCAGUGAUUCUAUCCGCAGCGAGUUUUAAUGAAUCACUAUGGUUGAGGAUGGGGCAAGUUGUGUCAACCGAGGCUCGAGCCAUGUACAAUUUGGGUCUAGCUGGGUUGACAUUUUGGAGUCCUAAUGUCAAUGUGGUCCGUGACCCGAGAUGGGGUCGAACGCAAGAGACACCGGGGGAGGACCCCUUAGUGGUGUCAAAUUAUGCAGUGAACUAUGUCAAGGGUCUCCAAGACGUUGGUGAGGGUAAUGCCAGUGGUGAUAGGCUCAAGGUCUCAAGUUGCUGCAAGCAUUACACUGCUUAUGAUAUUGAUAAUUGGAAAGGUGUUGAUAGAUUUCACUUUGAUGCUCAGGUGACAAAACAGGACAUGGAGGAUACAUUCCAGCCACCAUUCAAAAGUUGUGUGCAGGAGGGCCAUGUUAGCAGUGUCAUGUGUUCAUAUAAUAGGGUGAAUGGGAUUCCCACCUGUGCUGACCCAGACCUGCUUCAAGGGGUAGUCAGAGGCCAAUGGGGUCUAGAUGGAUAUAUAGUUUCUGACUGUGAUUCUGUGGAAGUUUAUUAUGAUGCAAUCCAUUAUACUGAAACACAUGAGGAUGCAGCAGCCCUGGCCUUGAAAGCAGGUCUAAACAUGAACUGUGGGGAUUAUCUAGGGAAGUACACAGAGAAUGCAGUCAACUUGAAGAAAGUGGAAGAAUCUGUUGUUGAUCAGUCCUUGAUAUACAACUACAUAGUCCUCAUGAGGCUUGGCUUCUUUGAUGGUGAUCCGAAACUGCUGGAAUUCGGAAACCUUGGGGUAUCGGAUGUUUGCAGUGACGAACAUAAAGCGUUGGCACUUGACGCUGCCAAGCAGGGCAUAGUUUUGCUAGAUAACAAUGGAGCUCUUCCUUUGUCCCCUACUACGACCAAGAAUUUGGCCAUUAUUGGACCUAAUGCAAAUGCCACUAAGGUUAUGAUAAGCAACUAUGCUGGAAUACCAUGUAGCUACACUAGUCCUCUACAAGGGCUACAAAAGUAUGUGUCGACAGCAAAAUAUGAGCCCGGGUGUAGCAGUGUAAAAUGUGCUGAUGAAAGCCUCAUCGGGGCAGCGGUUCAGGCUGCUGCCACAGCUGAUGCAGUGGUGUUAGUAGUGGGGCUUGAUCAGUCCAUUGAAGCAGAAGGUCUAGACAGAGAGAACUUGACUCUACCAGGCUUUCAGGAAAAGCUUGUGGAGCAAGUUGUUGAUGCAACAAAUGGAACAGUAAUUCUGGUCAUUAUGUCAGCUGGUCCAAUUGAUGUUUCGUUUGCUAAAAAUUUGAGCAAAGUAGGAGGGAUUCUAUGGGUUGGGUAUCCAGGUCAAGAGGGAGGAGAUGCCAUAGCUCAAGUCAUAUUUGGGGACUAUAAUCCAGCUGGGAAGAGUCCUUUUACAUGGUACCCACAGGAGUAUGUAGACCAGGUGCCAAUGACAGACAUGAACAUGAGGGCCAACACUAGUAGAAACUAUCCUGGAAGAACAUAUAGGUUCUACACCGGAAAAACCGUCUAUGAGUUUGGUCACGGGCUCAGCUAUUCAACGUUUUCUAAGUUCAUAAUCUAUGCGCCUUCCACCCUACUCAUCCAGCCAAACUCCACUAUUACUUUCAACCCACACAAUAACAUUCAAUUGGAACCCAACUCCGGCACUACCCAAGAAAUUGACAUAUCAAGCAUAGAUUGCCAGAGUUCAGCAUUUGAUCUAGUUGUUGGGGUGAGGAACAAAGGGCCAAUGGAUGGCUCCCACGUGGUGCUCGCUUUUUGGAAACCACCACGCUCACAAGGGUUGAUUGGGGCACCAAAGUUGCAGCUUGUGGGUUUUGAAAGAGUGGAGGUGAAGAAUAGAGAGACAAAGCCAUUGACAAUGAGGGUGGAUGUGUGCAAGGGACUGAACCUUGUGGAUAGUGAAGGGAAGAGGAAGUUAGUCACUGGGCUGCACACGAUUCUCGUCGGCUCUCCCAGCGAGCAACAAGUGAAGCACUACCUCAAUGUUAGGCUGGCUGAGAAACAUGAACUGAUGUAGAGUUUCUAAAAUUUAUAGUAGCAAAUUAGCUUGUUAGCUAUUUAACUUGCAAGCUAGUGACAUGGUUUGAAAAGGAGUACGGCUUUUGUAUCCUGUUUUAGUCUAUAACUGAUUGUAAUAAGUGGUGGGAAAAUGACUAUGGUUCAUGUAUUGCAAGGUAGCUUGCAACAGAUUUAUAUAUCUAUAUAAUUAUAAAUGAUACUGGAGAGUGUGUAAGCUUGA